AUUAUUGGAAAACGGAGGAGAUUAGAGGAAGAGUAGGCAAUAUCUUCAAUCGUUGCAGAAUAUGGCUGCGAGGAUAAACUAUUCGAUACAGAAUAGCCUCUGGUUGUUAAACCCUCUGCAUAAUUCAUCUAGUUUCCGAGCAACCCACUUCAAGAAUCGCCUCAGUUUCCCUCAAAGUUUUCUGCUUUCAUCUUCAUCUUCUUCGUUCUAUCCAAAACGAGCCGUGUACUGCACUUGCAGGAGCACCGGGGAUAAUGACGGGACCGAUAAUCUCCAUGGAAGUGCAGUUGGCGAUCCUUUUGUCCUCACUACUCCAUUGUAUUAUGUAAAUGCUCCUCCCCACAUGGGCAGUGCCUACACUACCAUUGCUGCUGAUGCCAUUGCUCGCUUCCAGAGGCUCUUAGGCAAGAAAGUUAUAUUUGUUACAGGUACAGAUGAGCAUGGGGAGAAGAUAGCUACUGCUGCUGCUGCUUGUGGGGCCAGUCCUGAGCAACACUGCGAUGUAGUAUCUCAAGCUUACAGGACGCUUUGGAAAGAUUUAGAUAUUGCUUAUGACAAGUUCAUUCGAACAACUGACCCAAAGCAUGAAGCAAUUGUAAAGGAAUUCUAUUCAAGGGUCCUUGCCAGUGGUGACAUCUACCGGUCUGACUAUGAAGGACUUUACUGUGUUAACUGUGAGGAGUAUAAGGAUGAGAAAGAGCUGCUUGAUAAUAGUUGUUGCCCUGUUCAUCGAAUGCCAUGCGUUUUGCGAAAAGAAGAUAAUUAUUUCUUUGCUUUGUCAAAGUAUCAACAAUCACUGGAAGAAACUUUGGUACAAAAUCCUGGUUUUGUGCAGCCAUCUUUUCGUUUCAAUGAGGUGCAAAGUUGGAUCAAGAGUGGCUUGAGAGACUUUUCCAUUUCCCGAGCUUCGGUGGAUUGGGGUAUUCCAGUUCCUAAUGAUGAUAAGCAAACCAUAUAUGUUUGGUUUGAUGCUUUACUAGGUUAUAUAUCAGCUCUAUUAGAGGAUAAGGAGCCACACAAUUUAGAGAGUGCCAUUUCUUCUGGGUGGCCAGCCUCACUGCACUUGAUUGGCAAGGAUAUUUUACGUUUUCAUGCUGUCUAUUGGCCGGCUAUGCUCAUGUCUGCUGGAUUAGGCCUUCCUAAGAUGGUGUUUGGCCAUGGAUUUUUGACAAAGGAUGGCAUGAAGAUGGGGAAAUCACUUGGUAAUACACUUGAACCAAAUGAAUUGGUUCAUAAAUUUGGGCCUGAUGCAGUCAGGUAUUUCUUCCUCAGGGAGGUGGAAUUUGGAAAUGAUGGGGAUUAUUCAGAAGAUCGUUUUAUUAACAUUGUCAAUGCACACCUUGCUAAUACAAUAGGAAAUCUUCUUAACCGUACUCUUGGGCUUCUUAAGAAGAACUGCCAAUCAACCUUGGUCGUUGAUUCAGCAAGUGCAGCUGAAGGAAAUCCUUUCAGAGUUACUGUGGAGAAGCUGGUGGAAAAAGCUCGUGUCCAAUAUGAAAACCUCUCAGUAUCAUCUGCUUGUGAGGCUGUACUUGAGAUUGGUAAUGCUGGCAAUACGUACAUGGAUGAGCAUGCACCAUGGUCUCUUUUUAAGAAAGGGGGUGAUGCUUCUGAAGCCGCAGCAAAGGAUCUUGUUAUUAUACUGGAAGCAGUGAGGAUUAUUGCGAUAGCUUUGUCUCCAGUCACCCCUGGCUUAUCAUGGCGAAUAUAUUCACAGCUAGGCUACACGAAGGACCAGUUUAACACUGCAGCCUGGAGCGAGACAAGGUGCGUUGGGCUAAAGGGUGGUCAGGUCAUGGCUCCACCCAAACCAGUGUUUGCAAGGAUUGAACAAGGAGCAGAAACAGAAGCUGGUGGAGUAGUAGCCAAGAAGGUUGUUAAAAACAAGGAGAGAAUACCUCAGGCUCAAGAAGCUUAAGAAUCCAAUUUUAAACGGAAUUUGUUGGAAGCUAAAUAUUCUGUCUAUAUAAUCGCUCAAUUUAGAACCCUAAAUUAAGUUUUUCAUAUAGCAACUUGGAAACAUUGUAACUAAUAAUAUAUCAAUCCAAAUUGAUGUUUUCUUAUAGCAA